AUGAAACCUAUACCAGUCACGCCGGCCCCGGGUGAAGACGUGGAUUCAGAUGCGAACGAUGUUGUGCCGCCCAUGGCGAAGAGUGCUGAGGUGGUUACCGGUAAACCUGCUACAGAUGGGAAGGAGUCAAAGGGGCGACGAGGGCGACGGGGGAGGAAAAAGCAGACGGCCAAGGAUGAGGACAACAAAGACGAAGAAGCGAAAGAUAAAAUAAGCACAAGCCAAGGACUCCACGAUCAACCAAACGACUCCCUUCCGGAGGACCUCACCAUUUCCACAGCACCAGCAUCUCAAUCCAAAUCGUCCAUCCCCCUCCACUCCUCACCGUUGCCGCUCAUUGCGAAAGCCUUCGACACAAACUACCCAACCACACCAACAAGUACACCAACUCAUCAUUCCUCAACGACCCUCGUUCCGCAAAUACCAAACGUCAGCGACCUCUACCUUAUCACAGACUCAGCAACGCACACGACCUACCCUGAAGCCGAGGAUGCAAACUACGCGUCCGUAUCAACGUCAACGCCUAUCGCAGCCGAAGCCCCAGACGUCGACAUGGACGACCUUGACGCGUUUUUCUCAUCGUUUGAAUUGGAGAAUCAAUCGACUGUACCGGCAUAUGCGUACAAUCCAUCCGCCCCGCCCGUCAUACCCUUUCCCCCCGGUUGGGAUUUUGAGAAUUCGACUAACACGAAUGUUGGGCAAAACCAACCGGUGAUCGAUCCGACGUGGCAGGGUUACUCUGAUGGAGUGUCGGCUGGUCUGGAUGUGAAUGGGUAUGACGGGAAUUGGAUGUCUUCUGAUGAAUUUUUCCAAAAUCUGGAUAACGAGAAUGUGCCCGCUGCUGGUGGAAGUAUACCAGGAGUAGCAGCAGCUUGUGGAGGAGGAGGGAUGAACCUCCAUGGAGCAGCGCCCUCUACACUCCUCCAUACUCAGACUCCUAUCAUGACCAGCACACUUCAGACCUACGCUGCACCAUUCGACAACUCGUACAACCUCCCGGCCACAACUGAACUGUGGAUACCGCCCUCAACAUGCAUUCCCGGCGCAGUGACAAUGCAGCAGCACGUCAAUCCAUUAGACGUACCACCUCCAUCGGUCGGUGAAGUUCAAAACUGGGACUGGACAGACGGAAUGAUGUCCGCAAACAGCGGACUUGAUACUGCGUGUUUACAGGAUGCGACCUUUGGAGCCGUCAGUUCCGAUCCUUUCGCAGAGAUACUGGGCAAUGGGCACAUUCCACAGCAAGUGUCGCAUCAGAAUCAACUCGUUCAGCAACCACAGCCGAAUUACUAUCCGCAACAGCAGGUGCCGGGUGCUAUGCAGGGUGUUGAUAUUUAUGGGAAUGCACAGUGGGAAUCCUUGGGCGUGUGA